UCUCAACUUAAUGGCUAUUGAAGGCCAUCAAUUGCCUCAGCCAGUCUCUCUCUUUCUCUCAAUUGACUCGAAUUUAGGGUUUUUACUGGUAAAAUCACUUACAAUCACAGAGGAGAAUUCUCAUGGCGGCAACUCUGCUCUCCAAGCCUACGCUUUCCUCUAUUUUCCUCGGCCAGCAAUUAUGCAAUAGAGGAAAUUCGAAGAGUUCUCCACAGUGUGGGUGGAUUCUCUCGAAGAGGUCUCAGUCGCGUGGGUUGAGCCUCAUGGUCCCCAGGUGUGCGGUGGAUACAGCGUCGUUUGGAGGCAACAUUCCUAAAUUUUCUCGGGUUAAUGUUUGGGACCCUUAUAAGCGCCUUGGUAUAACUCGUGAUGCUUCUGAGGAAGAAGUGUGGGGUGCUCGCAAUUUUUUGUUAGAUCAAUAUUCUGGUCAUGAGAGAAGUAUGGAAUCCAUAGAAGCUGCUUUUGAAAAAAUACUGAUGGCAAGCUACCUGAAUAGAAAGAAGACAAAGAUUAACUUGAAGACAAGACUAAAAAAGAAAGUCGAAGAGUCUCCACCAUGGGUCAAGAACCUGCUCAGUUUUGUGGAAAUGCCUCCUGGUGUUAUUAUUUUAAGAAGAUUAUUCCUGUUUGGAUUCAUGGCAGUCUGGAGUGUAAUGAAUGCUGCUGAAGCUGGACCUGCUUUCCAGGUUUGUGUUGCAUUUCCUGUUUCAUUUACAAGAAUAGCCACUUGAGCUUGACAGUUGGCAUACUAAUUUUUUUGCUGCAAGGCCUUCUUUUGUGGUAUGCUCUCCCUACCAGAAAACUUGUGAAUUUAGGAUGCAACUUGCAACUUAAUGUCUAAAUAAGAUAAUACUAUUAAAUGACUA